AUGUUAGCUCAGUCUACAAAUAAUAGCCUUUUACAGACUUGCUUCAUCUGUAAAAGUGCGCGCCACCACCCCUUGGAAGAUUCGAUGGACAUGGACAGGAGCCCCCUGAGGCCCCAGGACUACCUUUACGGUUACGAGCUAACGGCGGGCAAAGAUUAUCAUUUUAAAGCGGAUUAUGAUGAAAAUCAGCGCCAGCCGUCCCUGAGAAGGGUCAGCUUGGGGGCCGGUGCCAAGGAUGAGUUGCACAUUGUGGAAGCCGAAGCCAGGGAUGACAAAGGCCGCCCGGUGAAAGUGAUACUGGCAACUUUGAAAAGGUCCGUGCUGCCAACCGUUUCCCUGGGAGCCUUUGCCAUCACCCCGCCCCUGGUUCUGCGGUUGAAGUGCGGUUCGGGGCCUGUGCGUAUCUCUGCUCAGCACCUGGUCCCCGCAGAGGAAGAUGCGGAGUGGGAAGACGAAGACGAGGAGGAGGAGGAGGAGGAAGAGGAGGAGGACGACGACGACGAUGACAACGACGUGAGGCUUUUGAGCACCUCGGGAAAACGUUCUGCUCCUGGGAGGAGUGGCAGCAAGGUUCUACAGAAAAAAGCAAGACUUGCUGCAGAGGAGGAGGUUGGUGACGACGGUGGCGACGGCAGUGACCGCGACGAAGGCAAAGACGAAGGAGGCGACAGCAGCAACAGUGGAGGCGGCGGUGGUGGCUGCAGCGACAGCGGCGGCAGCUACGACAGUGACGGCAGCAGCGACGGCAGCUACGACAGUUUCGGCAGCGACAGCAGCGACGGCAGCGACGACAACGACGACAGCGACGGCAACUACUACAGCUACCACAGCGACGACAGCGAUGGCAGCUAUGACAGGUACGACAGCUACGACAGCUACAAGAGAGCUGGCAGCUACGACAGCAUUGCCGGCUAUGACAGCGACGGCCGCGACGCAGAGGCGGCAGUGAUGGAAGUGGCACCGAUGCAGCCACGCAGUGGCGGCAGCGACGGCAGCUGCCACGGCGACAGCAGCGACUGUCGCGACGGUGAUGAAGGGGAGGAUGGUGACGGUGACGAUGGCAGCGCCAACGACGACGACGAAGGUGGAGAUGGCAGCUACUAA